AUGGGGGACGUGCAUAGCAGGAGGACUCCUCCAUUCCCAUCACCAACAGAGACAGUGUCGCCUGUCGCCGUGCCGCAGCCUCCCCACCUGCAGCCCCCACGGUCGUCGAGCUACCGAAUUCCUGACCAAGCCCGCCAUGCCGCCGGCUUGCCAGUGGAUGCCACCACGGAUGGAGGGGACGGGGCCGUGAAAUCAUCUUCCGGAAUGCCUCGCUUCUCGCGUGGCGACUCGACGGAACAGAUGAUUGGCCUGACUCCCGUGACGGAAGACCCUCGGUCCUUCAGCGAACGACAGGAAGAUCAGGGCCGGAGCUCGCAAACGUUGAAAGAGUUGCGGCGGCAGAUGGAAGAGCUCCUGGUGUAUCAGCAGAUGCAACAGCAUCAACAUCACCUCACAUCCCAGACUCAACCCGUGUCGACCCUUUCCAGCGAAACUCCCAAGAAACGUCGACUAUCUAUCACCUCAACCGAGGUUCCACCAACCGUCGUCCACACUUCUGACUCUAUAGGCUCUGGGGGAACGAUCAAAGGUACCACCGAUGAAGUACUCUCUCCCAACAAUGCGACAACCCAGACACCUUCCUAUCCAUUCCCGAAAGUACAGAAUUCGCCAUCCGGGAAGCCGGGAAUCGAACAAAUCGGGCGGCAGGGACAUUUUCGGCUGAAAUUACCCUCGGACAGGGCGAGAUCAAGCACACCAUCAUCACAGACGCUAGAUGAGUCCCACCCGUCCACAAAAGUGUCCGAUGCACAGCCUACAUUUCUGCCGCCUCAGCAUCAACAGAUCGACCCGGAAACCGAGUUCGGUUCCCCCAGUCUAUAUGAUCUAACUUUGAAGCUUAAUGCGGACCCGGGAUUGGAAGCUUGGUGGUCCAAUCUGAUUCAAAUCUUGCAAACACAUUAUGGGGCAGAGCGAGUAUCACUCGCAGUCCCCGGUGAUGCGACAGACCUCGAAAACGUGCCUUGGGGCCAAAAAGCCGUCUUCAACCAAUAUGUGAGACCGGCGAAUAACCACACGGCCUCCUUUACCGAAUUGCUCCCAACGGAGACUACUGGCGACUGCAACAAUCAAGAUGAAGCCGAUCAUAAGCAGGAGGGAAUAUUGUCGUCAUCAUCCAACUUCAAAGCCCCCGGCCCUCCCCUUUCGUCGACCCGACCAACCCUCUCAUCCCGGCACACAUUUUCAGGCUUUGGUUAUGGUAAGAAGCAAGCUGCAUCUUCUGAAUCAGAUCAACAGCAACCACAAUCAAAGGCCACCGGAAAACAGGAGAAGAAGCAUGCACGAGUCGCCAGAGCGUCCGAACAGGCCGAACCAGCAGAUUUUUCGAACAAACAUGCGACUGCUGUGAAGCAAGCAGUAUUUCCAAUAACAAGACCUCUGGAAGUCGAGUCGGACCCCUUAAUCAAGCGCACCGGAGUCGUGAAGCUAUUCGGACGUACCUCCCCGGUUGUUCUUACUCGCGAGUACUCGUCGAAUUCGAUGCAGAUCUCUCAGCAAGGACAAGAAAUGGCGCCGAGCCCCCUCGAAGUUGUCCAGAAAACACCAAAUACUGAACGUGCGGACAGGACCGACUAUGACUUGAAUACUGGGCUGAAUUUGCCUGGAAAUGAUAUUUCUUUAUUUGGUCUGAAGCAUUAUGAUGAGUACGAGCAAAUUCCGCAGUCACCAUGGUCUCAAUCCCCUGCACCCUCACCCGCCCCCCGAACGCAUGCAGACCAGAAUCCAUUCUUCUCCAACCAUACAGUGGAUGAAGGCGCUUUCUCGCAACACCCGCCCGCCCAUGACUAUUCAAAUACCCAUCCGUUGGAAGCCAUCGGGAUCGACCAUUCGAAGACAGUCAUCCACAUUCCUCUUUUACAUGGUGGUCGAGCUCCCCAAGGGGCUUCCUCGACAUUGAGGUUUCCAGUUGCCAUUGUUUCACUCCUUUCCACAAUUGUGCCAUACCCAUCUAAUCUCCGCCAAUCCUUGGCACAUUUUAUGCCACACCUAACUACGUCCUUUUGCCUCGCUCAACAAUAUAGUCAACUUGAAAGACAAUUGGUGUCGAAAGUGGAAACACCUCGAUAUGGCCAUUUAUUGGGACUGGGUGGAACCUUUUCUGACGCAAGCAGCGAGCUGGAACUUGUUGCAGGACUAAGUGGCCAUGUCAGUUAUUCCGCUGGCGACGAAACUUCUAUAUCUGCGCGAGCAAGUAUCGCCAGUCCGAGCGACCGCUCGUCUACGAAGCUCAGUCCUGCCAUCUCCAGCUUUGGAACGCCUGGAUAUGACCUUGGCCAAACAGGAUUUGUUUCGACAACCCAUUCUCCGGCUUUGAUAUCACGCUCGGGGGACGCUACCGACGGCUAUUUCAAUGUUCAACAGCCCAAAGGUCCUCGUGAUCCUAUCGCGCCGCAUCGACGUCGUCUUUCCAAAUCCAAGUCGAAUCUCGCCUCCUCAACACCGACAUCUCCAGGUAGAAUAGGAAAAGCGCCCAGUGCCGAUGAAAGUACUCCACAAGAUUCUACUCAGGCGAUUGCAUCCCCGUUACAAGAGACCAGACCUUCUAUUUUGUCCCCUACUCAGCAAUCCUCCCGCCAGGCCUCAACAAAUUCAUUCUUUGCCCAGCUUCAGCGGGAUCUUCCACGACCAUUCUCGGACACAAUCGCACAGCUGAUGCUGAACUCUAUCCCCCUCCAUCUUUUCCUGGCUAAGCCCCAAAGCGGAGAAGUUAUUUGGACUAAUUCCAAGUUUGAUGCGUACCGAAGGAGCAAGCCUCAAGAGCACAAGUUUCGUGACCCGUGGCAGAAUAUCCACAGUAGCGAACGGGAUCAUGUUUCUAACGAGUGGGCUAAUGCCCUUCGAACCGGUUCUCAAUUCACCGAGCGCGUUCGUGUUCGACGAUUCAACGAUGAGACAGCGUAUCGAUGGUUCAUUUUCAGAGCCAACCCCUUGCUUUCGUCCACUGGAGAAGUUCUUUAUUGGAUAGGUUCCUUCCUUGAUAUUCACGAACAGCAUAUUGCCGAAUUGAAAGCAAAUCAAGAGAGGGAGAAAUUUGCUACAGACGCCAAGUACCGGGCAUUCUCGAAUUCGAUCCCCCAGGUCGUCUUCGAGGCAACAGAAAAUCGAGGUUUGAUUUUUGUCAAUGAGCAAUGGAACUUAUAUACUGGCCAAAAACUGGAGGAGGCCCUCAAUCUGGGCUUCGCGAAGCAUGUUCAUCCUGAUGAUCUUGAAAAAUGUGGCGGACUUUCAAUGCAAACUCUUCCUGGCCCUCACGGACCCAAGGCGGCAGAACCUGGUAUACCAUCUUCUGAACAUGGUCGUGAGAGAUCAUUAUCAGAAACCCAGGGUGUUUCAUCCGCACUGGAUGACCUGGUGCGACGCGGCGUUGCUUCAUUGCAGAAAGACGAGAAUGGUCGAGUCUUUUAUUCCACUGAAAUUCGUCUACGGUCUCGAGGCGGCGACUUCCGAUGGCAUUUAGUUCGCCUUGUUUGUGUUGAGACGAGCAGCUUUGGAAGCGAAGAAACUUCCUGGUAUGGCACGUGCACCGACAUCAAUGACCGCAAGAACCUUGAGCGGGAGCUGAACAAGGCGAUGAGCCAACUCAACAACCAAAUGGAGUCCAAGACGAAGUUCUUCAGCAAUAUGUCACACGAGAUUCGUACUCCUCUCAAUGGUAUACUUGGUACCAUUCCAUUCAUCCUUGACACGCAACUUGAUAGUGACCAGAGACGAAUGCUUGAUACCAUUCAGAACAGCUCGACCAAUCUUCGUGAAUUGGUGGACAACAUACUUGAUGUUUCUCGUGUUGAGGCAGGCAAGAUGUCCAUGGUGAACUCAUGGUUCCAUGUGCGGUCGAUGAUCGAGGAUGUGAUAGACACAAUUGCCUCCCGAGCGAUUGACAAAGGCCUUGAGAUUAACUACUUGAUGGACGCCAAUGUGCCCGCAAUGGUGAUUGGUGAUCGUUUCCGAAUUCGCCAGAUUCUUAUCAACCUUGUUGGAAAUGCCGUUAAAUUCACCGCUCAGGGUGAGAUUUACAUUGGUUGCAAUAUUUUCCAUGACGUGUCCGCACAGCUCAAGGAGACCGAAGCCUUGCUCAACUUUGAUGUUGUAGACACCGGCAAGGGAUUCAGUUCUCAAGAUGCGCAGCGUCUCAUGCAGCGAUUCAGUCAGUUAGGAGAAAAUGGAUCGCAACAACAUGCAGGCAGUGGAUUGGGUUUGUUCUUGUCAAAGCAACUGGUGGAAAUGCAUGGGGGCAAGCUUACUCCUAGCAGCAAAGAAGGCCAGGGUGCCAAGUUCUCCUUCAAUGUGAAGGUUGAUGCUCCUCCGCCUCCCUCACCUUCUGAGAGGCCUCGAUUACUUCGCCAGGCGUCAACUGCUUCUCGGAGACCAGGAACGUCUAGAACAACUUCUUACGACAAUAACAGCCUUGCCUCACAGCUGAGAAAUCAAGGCCUUGCUAGCUUGUCACCUGGACUUGAAACGCCUCCCGCGGAGUCGCCUUUCCUUGCCCCUCCAGGGGCCAAGCUUCUCUCUCCGCCUUCUGCUUCUUCAUCUGCUCUGCCGACACCAGAUAUCAAUACCGUGAAUCUACCGCCUAAUUUCGAUCACGAUAAACCUGGUAUAGACCCUACCUCGAACUCACCUUCUCACGAACCUGAUACGGCAACACCGAUUCGCAAAACUCCACCGCCGCCUCAAGGCUCCAUGUCUCUGAGCAGGGUUUCUAGUGGACCAGCAGCAGCCGUGCCACUCCAAGGGCCGUUUAAUAUCGUUAUCCUGUGCCCUCUGGAUAAUACUCGGAAAGCCACAAAACAGCACAUUGAGCAGGUCGUCCCGCACGAGAUCCCGUUCACAAUCAAGACCUUGCUUGAUGUCGAUGAGUGGAAGGACAUGAUGCAGCCAGGCUCCAGCACACCCUGUACCCAUCUAGUUCUGAAUCUUCCUGCUACGGAUGACAUCCUGGAGGUCAUCCAACAUGUGUCAGAGACUGAUGCGAAUGUUGCCCCUGUUGUUGUUAUCAUCUCGGACUUGUACCAGAAACGCCAGAUCAGUACACAAGUAAAGGAGCUGGCGGCAACUGGAAAGCAAGUCUUCAUUGUUCCAAAGCCUGUUAAGCCUUCGGCAUUCUCCACUAUCUUUGACCCAGAAAGCAAGCGCGAACUGAGCAAGGAUCGCAACCAAGACAUGGCUCGGGAGAUCAACAACAACUUCAAGACCGUGUCCAAGAUGGUCAAGGAGGUUCUUGGGAAUAAGGGUUACCGGAUUCUGCUUGUUGAAGAUGAUGAGACCAACCGUGAUGUCAUGUUGAAAUAUCUGGACAAGAUCAAGCUCAUGUCGGAGACUGCAUCCAAUGGACAGGAGUGUACUGAUAUGGUAUUCUCCAAGGAGCCGGGCUACUAUUCGCUCAUUAUCUGCGAUAUCCAAAUGCCAAUCAAGAACGGUUACGAUACCUGCCGGGAGAUCCGUGCAUGGGAGCAGAAGAAUCAUUAUCCUCAAAUUCCGAUCAUGGCUCUAUCGGCCAAUGCAAUGACAGAUCAGAUCGAGAAUGCAGCCCGAGCGGGCUUCAACGAUUAUGUUACGAAGCCAAUUAAACACAAUGAAUUGGGCAAAAUGAUGAUGGGUCUUCUUGACCCUGGCCGGCCUCUCUUGCUGCUUCGAGACCGUCUUCAACCGAGCGGCGAGAUCCCCCCUGCUGCUCGCCGCUAA